GAGGUGACGUAGAAGAUAAAAAGACUGAAUACCAUCGAUAUAAAAGCGAUUUGAUUGUUAUAAAGAAUCAUUAUUCUGAAACUACCAAAAUCGGGAGGCAACUUACACGUAAUCUUUCUUUUCUUUAUAAUGAUGUUGAUAAAAAAUCACGAUUUAUAAACGUUUUAUGGGAUUUACAAAUGGAGAGACAAGCUAUCCAAGAUCAAAACGAGUUGAAUAACGAAAUUAGCCUUGAACGCGUUAGUAACGCUUAUUUGGAUAUCAGAAAUCAAGACCACAAAUUGCGAGAAAUAACUACAAAACAAAUCGAAAAUUUGGUGGAAUAUGUAACCGGACAAAAACGACCUUGCGAUGGAGAAUUAUCACCAAACAAAUUCAAAACUGUCAGUACGGAAAUUGAGUCAAUUCAUAAUGAAUCGUUAUCUGAUUCAAGACAAAAAAGGGAAAAGAUUCCAUCAAAAAUUAUUAAUGAAAUAAAUGAACAAGUAAUGAUUAAUGAGGAAACGUCAAACAGGGUUGGAUUAGUCCGUCCGUCUGCCCUAGUCUCUAAUAUGACUGGUCCUAACGCUAAUAGUAUCUCUAUUGGUUCAGUCACUCUUAAGACCGAUCCGACCCUACUUUCUAGUAACUGUUUUAACAGCUUUUCUAAUGAUAACUUAACUUAUAUGAAGAAUGAAGAUGUCUUUCAUAACACAAAAAAUAUCCCGCUUACGAAUGAUUCCUCCGAAACUUUUUCACAAACUUUGUUCUCAACUGAUAAGAAAUCAAAUUCGGAGACGACUCCACCACGUUUAUUUGAAGCGACUUAA